CAUGCUGCAGACACUUCUGAUUUUGAUUGUCUUUGCCGCAUUUUUUCCUGCAACCAGUCAGCAAUGUGUCAAGGCUAAUGAGUCUCAGUGUGCCAGUGUGGAGUUCACUCCAGGAUCUGACCUAGCAGGAGAAGGCUUUGACAUCACCACCAUGCAAAAGAAAGGAGCCUUCGUCAUCGACAUGAGCGUCUGGCUUCAGGCGGACAAGACCUGCACUCUGUGUAAAAACCCCUACAUGGGAGGUCAAAAGCAGAAAAUCCCAGUUUCUGUGGUGGACUGGAGACCAAGAAAGAAGUGCAACAUGAAGUUGUCCAGCUCCGUCUACCAGUCCAGUGAGGCCCUGGUCAGCUUUAUUACCUCCUCUGUUGAGAAUGACUGGAAGUCAGAUUUGCAAAUUAAUACUCCUAAGGCUCAGGGAUCAGUCAUGAUGGCAGGAAGUCACUCCAAGCUGGCUGACUAUUCAUUGGAGAAAAGCAAAAAAGACAAGUUCAGCUUCACCAGUCAUGCUGUCUCCUGUGGAUACUACAGAUACAGGGUUAAAAGCAAUCCACCCCUGCACCCAGAGCUACUUACUGAACUCCAAAGUCUCCCCAACCAAUAUGAUAAGACAACAAAGCAGAAAUAUUUUGGUCUGAUUGACAAGUUUGGCACUCAUUAUAUCACAAAGGUGACUCUUGGUGGAGAGGUUCGCUCUGUAACCAGCAUCAAGGAGUGCCAGGCGUCCCUUCAGGGUCUGACUGUAGACGAGGUGAAGAUGUGUCUGGACUUGGAGGCUUCUGCCAGUAAGGGUCCUGCUGCAGAGCUACAGAACAAGGCCCAUCACUGCAAGCAGGCCAAGGACAAGAAUCUGAGCCAAAAGAGCUUUGCUAGCAGCUUCAAUGACAGGGAAACCAAUGUGAUUGGUGGCCAAUCUCACAGUGGCGACCUGCUCUUCUCCUCCAACACUGACCCAAAUGCCUACAAGCAGUGGAUCUCAUCUCUGCCUGCUCACCCUGAUGUGAUCUCCUACUCGCUCGAGCCUCUUCAUAAGUUACUGCCAGAGAAAAAAACAGUCAAAGAGAAUCUGCGUAAUGCCAUCAAGGACUACAUCCUACAGAGGGCUCUGGUAAAAGACUGCUCAAGCCCAUGCAAAACUGGUGUGAAGACCAACCCGAAAGAACCUUGCAGCUGCAGCUGCCACAACAACCCAGGUGUGGCCCUCAACUGCUGCCCCACUCAGAGAGGAUAUGCUAAGGUUAGUGUAACUGUGAUUAAAGCCACAGAUUUAUAUGGAGAUUAUGGGUCCCAGACAGAUGGUUAUGUCAAGUUUUUCCGCAAUGGAAAGAUAUUCCAAGGAAAGACACCUGUGAUCUUGAAUCAAAACUCUCCAACUUGGAACUGGGAUUUAAGUUUUGACAUUGAAGACGUGACUCAGUUCAGAAGUGUGAAGUUGGAGGUGUGGGAUCAAGACAGCGGCUGGGAUGACGACCUUCUCGGAUCAUGCACUGUUCAACUGAAAUCUGGAGUGAAUCAAAAUGCCUGUUCCCUCAAUCAUGGAGUCCUUUAUUAUAAUGUGAUAGUGAAGUGCAUCCCUGCUCUCACUGGGCCAUUGUGUAUGGAGUACAUGCCGUCUCCCAUGGAUGCACAGCUGGAGAAAGUGUACACCUCCCGAAAUGCUCGCCCGAUUCCCAGAAGCAUGCUGCUGAAGAUGGGAGUGCUCCUCGAUGAACGCAUUCUCUGCUUCAACCAGACCGACAUACGUCAAUCUGUAGGUUUUGAAUUUUAGACUAAGUGUAGCUUCUGACCC